AACACAUAACGAAGUGCACUUGAACAAGCCGCCGGUGUGGGAAUUAGGACAGGGCCCGGGACCCACACAGGUGCACAGGGCGAGCUUCCCUCAGAGACAGCGGCGCUGCGGCUUCCUCUGUCUUGUAAGACAAAUGGCCAAAGCAUAUGAAUUUAACUGGAAGAGGCGGGUACCUCACUUUAUGCAAGAAGGGGAAUAUUUUGAUAGAUUUGACGAGGAUCCAUUUGUCUUUGAGCCUCACUGCUUUUUUAGAGUGGAUGCCUUUGCAUUCUUCAUCACAUGGAAAAGUGAAGGAAAGGAAGGUCAGGUUCUGGAGUGCUCCUUAAUCAACAGUAUACGGAGCACAAAUGUGCCUAAGGAUCCAAAAAUUCUGUCAGCAUUCGAGACCAUGGGGAAGUCUGAGAGUGACUUGGAGGGCAAAAUCAUCUGCAUAUGCAGUGGCACCGACUUGGUUAACAUCAGCUUCAUGUACAUGGUGGCACCUACCAUUAACAUUGCAAAGCAAUGGACUGACAGCUUGCGGUUACUGAUUCACAACACCCGUGCAAACAAUGUGUGCCCGAUGACCUGCCUCAAGAAACACUGGAUGAAGCUGUCAUCUUUGACCAACGUGAGUGGAAAAAUCCCAGUGAGAAGCAUAACAAGAACUUUUGCUUCUGGCAAAACUGAGAAGGUUAUAUUCCAGGCACUAAAAGACCUUGGUCUGCCUAGUGGAAAGAAUGAUGAAAUUGAGCCUGAUGUUUUCACCUUUGACAAGUUUUACUCCCUCACUCAGAAGAUUUGCCCCAGAACUGACAUUGAAGCACUCUUCAAGAAACUCUGUGGAGAUAAGAGUGAUUAUUUAAACAUAGACCAAUUAGUCAGCUUUUUGAAUGAAAACCAACGGGACCCUCGGCUUAAUGAGAUACUUUUUCCAUUUUAUGACCCCAAACGUGCAAGGCAAAUCAUAGAAACCUACGAGACUGACGAGAAGCUUAGAAUGAAAGGAGUGAUGUCGUGUGAUGGGUUUUGUCGGUACCUGAUGUCUGAUGAGAACGCUCCAGUAUUUCUUGACCGACUGGAACUCUAUCAGGAGAUGGACCACCCACUUUCACACUACUUCAUCAGCUCCUCCCACAACACAUACCUGACUGGCAGGCAGUUUGGAGGGAAGUCUUCUGUGGAGAUGUACCGGCAGGUCCUGCUCUCCGGCUGCAGGUGUGUGGAGCUGGACUGCUGGGAUGGAAAGGGAGAGGACCAAGAGCCCAUUAUUACUCAUGGCAAGGCCAUGUGCACAGAUGUGCUUUUCAAGGAUGUUAUUCAGGCCAUCAAAGAAACUGCGUUUGUGUCUUCCGAAUACCCCGUGAUUCUCUCAUUUGAGAACCACUGCUCGCGGCAUCAACAGUAUAAGCUGGCCCGAUACUGUGAGGACAUUUUUGGAGAUAUACUCCUCAAGCAACCUUUAGAGGACUUCCCAAUGGUGUCUGGACAGUCUUUGCCUUCACCGAAUGAUCUUAAAGGAAAAAUCCUCAUUAAGAACAGAAGAUUAAAACCUGAAGUUGAAAAGAAGCAACUGGAACAUUUCAAGAAGCAUAUGGAAGCUGGAGAGACAAACACUAUUAUGUCAGAGGAUGAGAAUGAGGAAGAUCCUGGCUCUGCAGAGCUCGUGGAUGAGGCUCACCCAGAACGGAUAUGUGGAAAUCUCGUCAUUAGUCAGACGAAUAAUAGUGAAGGAAAUACGCUUGGGGCAAGAAAGGCUGGUGAAACAAAUGUGGCUGAUGAGCAAGCUUUGAUCCAGUCUUACACAUACGUUGCAGCAACCACUAAUAUUCACCCUUACUUGUCCAAUAUUAUAAACUACGCUCAGGCUGUGAAAUUCCUAGGUUUUGAGGAAGCUGAAGAGAAGAACAUCCACCACAACAUGUCUUCCUUCAACGAAUCAGUAGGAUUGGGAUACUUACGGACCAACGCUAUUGAAUUUGUCAAUUACAACAAGCGCCAGAUGAGUCGGAUCUACCCCAAAGGAGGAAGAGUGGACUCUAGUAAUUAUAUGCCUCAGAUCUUCUGGAAUGCCGGCUGCCAGAUGGUAGCGCUGAACUUCCAGACCCCAGAUUUGGCAAUGCAGCUGAACCAAGGAAAGUUUGAGUACAAUGGGUCAUGUGGUUAUUUGCUGAAGCCAGAUUUCAUGCGUCGGCCAGACCGCACUUUUGACCCAUUCUCAGAGACCCCUGUGGAUGGAGUGAUUGCAGCCACUUGCAGUGUCCAGGUCAUUUCAGGCCAGUUUUUGUCUGACAAGAAGAUUGGCACAUAUGUGGAGGUGGAUAUGUAUGGCCUGCCCACAGAUACCAUUCGCAAGGAGUUUCGUACUAGGAUGGUGAUGAACAAUGGCCUAAACCCUGUAUACAAUGAGGAACCAUUUGUUUUUAGAAAGGUAAUCCUUCCGGACCUUGCGGUGCUCAGAAUAGCGGUGUAUGAUGACAACAAUAAGCUGAUUGGUCAGAGGAUUCUCCCCCUGGACGGUCUGCAGGCUGGCUACAGACACAUCUCCCUACGAAAUGAGGGCAACAAUCCCCUUUCCUUACCCACCAUCUUCUGCAACAUCAUCCUCAAAACAUAUGUACCUGAUGGAUUUGGUGCUAUUGUGGAUGCUCUGUCUGACCCGAAAAAGUUCUUAUCCAUUUGUGAAAAGAGAACAGACCAGAUGAGAGCUAUGGGCAUUGAGACGUGGGAGAUAGCUGAGGUGCCAAAUGACAGCCCGAAGAGAAGUAAGGGAGGAAAGACAAAUCAUCUAAAGGCUGUGUCACCUCAGAAAAUUUCUGAGAGACACAUUACAUCAUCAGGACAGAAUCCGAGCAUUUCCUCAAGAAAAGUGUCUCCUGAACCUUUAAACAUGCCUCAAGUUACCACUGAUGACCUGAAACAGAUGAAGGCAUAUAUAAAACUGGCUAAAAAGCAGUUGAAGGACACUAAUGCGUUGAAGAAAAAGCAUGCAGAGGCAUACACUGCAUUGCAGAGAUCUCAUUGUGCUCAGGUGGAUAAGAUGGCGACACAACAUGAAAAAGAAAAGCGGGUGCUGGAAAAACAAUUAGAAAAAUGUAGCAAGAAAGUCAGUGAAUGUAACUGGGAAACCAGAGAGGAAAUGGAGAGGAGGAUAAAGACCGUUACCACAGACUACAAAACAAAGGUGAAGAAUAUGGUUGCUGCUCAAGCAGAGGAAUUGGCUGAGAUGACGAAGACGCACAACGCUGAGAACCAGGACCUCAGUGACCAGCAUGUGCUACAGCAGUGUGAACUGCUCAGAAAGUUGAUGCUAAUAACACAGGAACAGCAGACACAGCAGCUCACAUACCUCCAUGAGCGCCAGAGUAAGGAGAUGAGAGCUAACCAAGCAAAGUCAUCAAUGGAGAACAGUAAAGCCAUCAGUCAAGACAAAAGCAUCAAAAACAAGGCUGAAAGAGAACGGAGAGUUCGAGAACUGAACAGCAACAACACAAGAAGAUUUCUCAUAGAAAGAAAAAAGCUUGCCUUGAACCAGUCCAAAGAGCUUGAGCAGCUUCAGACAGUCCAGCGUGAACAACUGGAGCAGCUGGAUAAAUAUAACGAUGAGCUCUUGAAGUCACACCUUUCAACAUCUCCUUGCCAUGGCCAAAAUGACGUGCACAUGAAGAACACAGAGGUGAAAAGGGUCUAAAUCCCAGCAGUGCCAUAAACUCCCUAACCACAUGAGACAACAGCAGCUCUGUGAACAAAUACGCACACAAACAGCUGCAGAAGUGUAAAAAAAAUCCUUUUCUACAUUCUGAUUUUACACAUUAUACAUGUUUGUUUUUUAAUAGUUCAGUCUAAAAGUGGGUCUUGUUUCCUGUAAAACAUUUUGUAUAUGUCUAUUCAUAACAGUCAUUUUAUAUAAAUAUAUUUUAUACAUUUAUAUUCUCAAAAUGUAUUUCUAUAUUGAUGUUGUGUACCACUAUAUUACUACACCCGUUGUUUUUGAAAGGUUGUUUUUGUUUCAUUUCUUGUUUUUUUUAUAAGUGAUCUGUAAUGCUCUCAGGGUAAAUUUGUGGGGCAGGGGGAGAGUUUUUUUUUUUUACUUGAACCACUCAUUUUAAUAUUGUUUAUAGUACAAUUAAAAUAUCUUUGGAAUAUGAAUACUAAACUCAGCAGAGAGUUGGUGAGUAAAAAAAUGUAAUGAUUAUAAAGGAAAAUAGAAAUGUUCAGGUGACAGGCAGUACAGUGAUCUACUCCAACAUACUCCAAAUUAUAAUUGUACAGAAGAUUUAUCUGAAGAACUUGUAUUAUCAGUUCUGCAUGUAUUUAAUUAAUAAUAACCCAAAUUUUCAACCUA